GACUUGACUGACUGAUAAUGGAGCUGGUUUAUGCCUCAUCCUGCCUGCUGUAAACCUGUGGCAAGACAUCACUCCGCUCAUGCCAUCUGGUUGGCUGUCAUACAGGUGCAGUAAAAGGCAGGUGCUCUGUCUGCUCUCACGCUCUCUCUCUCUCUAUCUGAGCGCUGCCCAUGGCUUCUGUGCUCCUGACCUUCUCCCUGCGCCACAACCUGCGCCUUGUGGCUUCAGGCUGCAGGUAUGUCAGUAAAACGGCCCCGAAGACUUUGUCAGAGUUCGAAUACGACGCACCUUCCAUGAAGACCCCGGUUCCAGGGCCCAAGUCGCAGGAGUUAAAGAAGCAGCUUGGGGAAAUUCAGAAUGUCGGUGCAAUUAAUUUUUUCUGCAACUAUGAGGAGAGCCGAGGGAACUAUCUGGUGGAUGCUGAUGGAAACCGAAUGCUGGAUCUGUACACCCAGAUCUCCUCUGUGCCCAUAGGUUACAAUCAUCCAGCUUUAAUGAAGGCAGUUACAAAUCCCAACAACCUGAGUGCAUUUGUCAACCGGCCAGCCCUUGGGAUUCUGCCACCUGAGAACUUUCCAGAAAAGCUGAUUGAGACCCUCCUGUCGGUUGCUCCAAGCGGCAUGACUCGGUUGCAGACUAUGGCAUGUGGCUCCUGCUCCAAUGAGAAUGCCUUCAAGUCCAUGUUCAUCUGGUACAGAAACAAAGAAAGGGGUGCCAGUGGCCCUUCACCAGAAGAAAUGAGCUCCUGCAUGAUUAACCAGGCCCCAGGGUGUCCAGAUCUGAGCAUCUUGUCAUUCAUGGGAGGGUUCCAUGGCAGGACUUUGGGCUGCUUGGCAACCACCCACUCCAAGGUCAUCCACAAGCUGGACAUCCCAUCGCUGGACUGGCCCAUCGCCCCCUUUCCCCGGCUUCAGUAUCCGCUGGAGGAGUUUGCACGCGAGAAUAGCCAGGAAGAGGCGCGCUGUCUUGAGGAGGUGGAGGACCUGAUUGUGAAGUGGAGGCAGAAAGGCAAGCCAGUGGCCGGCGUUGUCGUCGAGCCCAUCCAAGCGGAGGGUGGAGACAACCAUGCAUCGAGCGAUUUCUUCAUUAAGCUGCGCAACAUUGCCCGCAAGCAUGGCUGCGCCUUCCAUGCAGACGAGGUCCAGACAGGGGGUGGAGCCACGGGCAAGUUUUGGGCUCACGAGCAUUGGGGCACGGACGACCCGGCCGACAUAGUCUCCUUUAGCAAGAAGAUGCUGUCGGGGGGCUACUACCACACGGAUGAGCUGCAGCCUGACAAGGGCUACAGGAUCUUCAACACAUGGAUGGGAGACCCUUCUAAGAACCUGUUUCUGUCAGAGGUACUGAACAUCAUCAGGAGAGAGAACCUUCUGGAAGAAGUGACACGCUCUGGGAAGGCCCUGCUGCAGGGACUCUAUGAACUCCAGACUCAGUACCCCCACCUGUUGAGUCGUGCCCGUGGACAGGGAACAUUCUGUGCUAUUGAUGCCCGUGAUGAUGUGACCCGUGACAACCUGUUGCUCAAAACCCGGGAUAAAGGUGUUCUUCUUGGUGGCUGUGGAGAGAGGUCCAUCCGGUUCCGCCCUGCCCUCGUCUUUAAGGAGCACCACGCCCACCAGUUUCUCAACAUCUUCAAUGAUGUGUUGGCUGAAUACAAGUAAAUUAUAAAAUUAAAAAAACAUGUCCUAGUCAGCUCCAGACAGCUGGGAAGAAGCACAAGGGUUCCAAGCCCUACUGAGGCAUUCCUUUUCCUUCCCCACACAUUAUAGACCAGGCUAUCACCCUCUUAAUUUUUUGCUGUUUUAACCUACUACUUUGUAGUUUUAUUUAUUUUUUAAUUUCAGAAAUUUCACCAUUACUUUUGCAGACAUUGUAAAACGCACAAUGGGAGCAGGAGUCUUGGGGCUGGGUAAUCUGUUUCUCACUUCAACUGUGACUAUGUACUUUGUUUCUAAAAAAUUUUAGGAUUAGCUUGAGACACUUAAGUUCGCCGCAUGCUUUGUCCCUGGAAGACGGAGGAGUUGAACUGUUUCCACACCCCAGUCCACUCAGCCUCAAAGCACCACCACCCCUCCCUACAGUCACCCAGCACAGAGAGCCUACACUCAGGGACGGUUUGCUAAACGGGACGCUGCUACUGGUUCUCCUGAACUGUCCGAGCAGGUGUUCACAUGUGCUCGUAAGCAGAUGAGUAGAUCUACUAACUGAUCUGAGGCCUUUUACAAAAAGUCCCUCUGUAGCUCAGAGCAAGAUCAAGCUUUUAGUUCUAGCCCACUUUCACGUUUAGCCCCCCCCAGAGAUUCAGUAGCAAUUCCAAAGCGGAGGCAUGUGGAAUUGGACACCCAUGGGUCCAUAGGCUGGCUGUGGUUGGGGUGCACAUGAUGGCAGAGGGGCAGGUUGGGAUGGGUCAGUAGGUGUUGACCUCUUUCAGUCCAAGUCACUGCACAGAGGCUCCUAAAAGUGAUCCAACUGUCAGGCUUCAGUGUGAUUUUAGCACAAUAGGAACUUUACAUAGAAAGGGCCACUGUCACACGGUGAGGAACUGACCUUGGAUCUGACUUCUGGUGUGAUGUACAAUAUGAAGUCACACAUUCUCUAAGCACAAAGCAUUUAAACACACCGGUAUCAAACCGCAGGAGGCAGGUUUUUGAUUCUCUCCAGCAUGUGUGCAUCAACCAUGCUCAUACACAGCCUUAUCACGGAAGCAGAGGUUUCCUGAACUAAGACUACCUAUCUUUAGACUAGAAAAGAAUAUCAAAUGAAAACAUAUAAACCUCAUAACUGAGCCCAAGUGUAAUCCACCGUCAGAGAACCGGCCCAUGUUGCUAAUAAUCUGUGGGGCCGGUACAAGAUCCCUCCUCAGGUGAAUGUGACCCUCUCCCCCUUCAACUGACUGUUCCCCUACCUACCCCAUAUAAGCACUAUGGCAGAAAAGCAUCAAGGUGAUUUAUUUCACAUGCAUGCGUGCGUGCACCUGGUCCAGACCUUCUCUUGCUUUAGCCCUAUAACAACCUGUUUUUAUAAACAGAACAGGUGAAACAUUGCAGACAAAGAUGGUAGACCUUUGUACUUCCGUUUACACUUUUUUUUUUGUUGUUGUUCACUCAUUUCCUGAGUUCUAUAGAGAAGGUGUGAAGAUAAACAAGUGUAAAACCCUGUGUUCUUGGUUAGGCACAGGUGGGAGGCUAUUGGAAAAGACACCGUAUGCUCUGGAGUUUGCUUGAGAGUUUCUGCAUUACUCCCACACACUACCAUGUCCCAUUUGUCAGCACACACAAAUGGUACUGAGGUAGUUUUCAAUGCAUCUUUUAUAUACUUUUUUUUUUGCCCCCCCCCAUGUGUUGGAAGCAGCUGUUUAAUGCUGCUCAGUCUGUGCUAGAGAAAUCCUAGAUGAUGCCACACAUGUCUGUUUUUGGUCAUUAUUGUGUAGAGAAUUGUGCAUCAGUGAGUUCAGUUCACUAAUAAAACUUACUCAUUGCCAUGUUUGUUUACAUUACUGUGAAAUAAAAUGUAAUUAUUCCCCAAUAUAAAAAUGUUGUCUUAAGCAAUAUAUCUAUGUACUCAGAAAUAAAUAAUUGACAUUUUAAA